GAGUGAUAAACAGUUGACCGUGAUCAGCAAUGUCCGUCACUUUAGAAAUAGUCACUGGCUUUCUAAAACCGAGCGAUAUACUGGCUUUCUAAAGGUCUGAAUAAAGCGCCAUUUAAAAUAUUUCGAUUUUAGAUAUAAUAUUAUAAUUUAUCGAAUAAAAGGAAGGUUCCAAAGUUGAAGCAAUCCGUUUGCCAAACGGACGCAUAGCCGUUGAUUUCCGGUUGGAAAUUACGACUGGUCGAGCAAGCCUACACAUUACGCAAGCUGUGGAGUUGGAUUGGAAACGGAAAACAAAAGUGAGUGAGAAAUGGGAAAAGGAAAUCAGAAUACGUCGAGUAAUGGAGGGAAUGAUUCUGUAAAACAACAUACAUGGCAGGAAAUUACACAACAUGAUAAACGUCAUGAUAAAUGGAUUGUUAUUGAUAAUGAAGUUUAUGACAUCACAGAAUGGUCCAAACGUCACCCUGGUGGAAGUAAAGUUAUCAGCCAUUAUGCUGGACAAGAUGCCACACAUGCCUUUCAUGCAUUCCAUAGUGAUAUAAGUAUACCCAAGAAAUAUUUAAAAAUUAUACAUAAAGGUCCUGUACAGGCCAGUAAUAUAAAAACAGCAGCUAUUGAUACAGACUUCCAGAAUCUCAGGGAAACUGUUAAUAAAAUGGGAAUGUUUAAACCAAGUUAUACCUUUUAUACGUUAAAUUUACUCCAUGUUGUUGUGUUAGAUGUUCUGGCUUAUUUUGUUUUACGAUAUUUUGGUACUGGAUGGCUGCCUCUACUUACAUCACUAAUAUUUACAGUUAUAGUUCAGAUACAAUCGGCAUAUUUAGCACAUGAUUUUGGUCAUACCUCUGUUUUUGGUACCAAAUAUAAAAUUGAUGAUUUUAUGGAGAGAAUCUGUAUGGGUUUUAUGAAGGGUGCUUCAGCCAAAUGGUGGAACCAUAUGCAUUUUCAACAUCAUGCUAAACCUAAUGUGUUAAAUAAAGAUCCUGAUACAAGAUUAGAUGCUUUAUUUGUUGUUGGUGAUGUUAUGCCAGCUCAGAUAGCAGAAAAGAAGAAAAAUAGUAUGCCUUAUGAUUGGCAACAUCGUUAUUUUCCUAUUAUUGGUCCACCAUUUUUGUUUCCAGUUUAUUUUCUCUAUGCACUGAAUCGUCACAUAUUUACACGACGAGAAUACUUGGAUUUUUUCUUCACUGUUUGUUAUUGGAGUAGAUUUUUUUAUCUGUAUGGAUCAGUACUGGGAUUUGGAACUGCCGUUGCCUUUCAAGUUGUAAUGAGAGUGUUUGAAAGUAGCUGGUUUACCUGGGUUAGUCAAUCUAAUCAUAUACCUAUGAAAAUAGAAGAAGAUGAUGCAAAACCAUGGUUACGUCUACAACUAAAUGCUACCUGUAAUGUUCAGCCAUCUUUCUUUAACGACUGGUUUACAGGACAUCUAGAUUUUCAAAUAGAACAUCAUUUGUUUCCGACUAUGCCACGCCAUAACUUGUAUAAGAUAGCCCCUAUUGUCAAGUCUUUAUGUGAGAAACAUAAUCUCAGUUAUCAAGUGAAGCCAUUGUUUCAAUCUUUCACAGAUAUUCUCAAAUCCUUGAAGAGAUCUGGUGGUUUAUGGAAGAAGGCUUACACCCAAUUCCAUGGUCCUAAUCCGACUAAUGUGAAUAAUAAUACCAGUGAAUAGAAAUCUCAAUAGCCAUUAGUUAUAGUAGAUAUAAAGCCGAAUUUAGAUUUGUUAGUGUGCUUCAACUUUAUUCUAUUAACAUUUUCACCUUAAUUAACACCUUAAUACCAAGUCUAAUCUGUACAAUACAUCAGCUUAGCACUCGCGUAUAGACUAUAUAGCAAAAUAAAACUAAAAGACAUGGCUUACAAUACAAAUGAGAGAGAAAAUUGCAAACACUAUGAAUGAGACUGUCAAUGUGUAUAAUGAUGUUAUCUGAUUGUUUCACCCAAUUUGCAUUGUUUUUAUGAUCUCAGAUAUGAAAUAUUGAAUCAUUUUAUUCAUGUUAAAAUUUCUGAUACCCCUGUUUGACAAUAACAUCAUGACCAAAAUAAACAGCAAAAUUUGAUAAUCAUAAUACUUCAAAAUCUGUAAUAAAAGUAUUCAAUAAUUUCAUGUAUAUUAUGAUGUGUGUACCGGUAAAAUAAUGUGUAUAUAUUUGAUAGAUUUUUUAUUAUGCAUGUAUAUUACCUAAAAUUGACCAUCUUUAUGAAUCAGUACAAAUUUGAAUCCUGUGAUGUUGUGUAAAAUCCCUCAAUUAUGUAUUAAUAAAUUUAAAUAAUGCUAAAAAUUGUCAUAUUUUUAAAAAAUAAAUAUUUUGUGAAUAUGAGGUAAAUAAUAUAAUAUAAUACACUGACAAUAUACUGAUAUUUUUGGCACAUGGUCCUAGACACCUAUUUUUGUACAGAUUUAUAAUAUUUUACUAUUUAUAUACCACUUUAUUGUUCUCAACUUGUUACAAAUAUUUAUUGUAUGGCAUUAUUUGACAACUAUUAUAUAUAUUAUUUUACACAUAUCUUCAUUCUUUAGAAAACUGUUGGAAUAUUGAAUAAUUCAUGAAAUGAAUUUUAUUUUAUACUUUCAUAUAUGCAUAGUUAUUAUAAUAUUAUUUAUAUUUUUCUUGAAAAGUAUUUCUGUUGGUGACUAUUAUGCAAUUCAGUGUAAAACAAUACAUUAAUGCCAGUAAAAUAUAAUGGAGGAAAGCUGAAUAAAAUGACACAAUCUCUUUGAUUUCUGUUUAUUUCAUUGUAUUUUAUGUGUUGAUUUGUAAUGUAAGAUAAUUAAAUAGACUUUUGCAGUAACUUUACACCGUUUCUGUGGUGCCCUUAAAAUUGUUGUAAAGGUUGUCUUUGAGUUCCAAUUGCUAAGAAAUCUUUUUAGGGACUUUCUAUUUUAGUCCCAUUAAAUUGUUAUAAUGGUUGUCUUUGAGUUCCAAUCGCUAAGGAAUCAUUUUAGUGACUUUCUGUUUUAGUCCCAUCCGAACAAAUAACCUAGGUUAAGUUUUCUGUUUUACGUUUUUUUCUUUUUUUUUUUGAGAAGCAUAUCUAUAUAGCACCACUGAACACUGUAUUGUUGUGGUAAUGAAAACACUCUAGAUUAGUAUAUAUUUAACAUUUUAUUAUUUUUGCUUCAGGUGUCCUGUUAUUAAAUUGUGUAUUGUUGGUAAUCUCCUAUAUAUAUUUUUGUAUGACCAUAAAAUGCCUUAAAAUGUCUGAUAAUCAUACUAACAUAUCACAUUACAUUAUAUUAUAUUAUUAUUUAAUGUCUAUUGCAUUCAAUACUAUUUGAAUAUCGGAUAUCAGGUUAUUAUAUUUCAAUAUUACUUAAAAUUAGUUGAAUUGAUAUAUUAAUUAAUUAGAGACUAAAAAACUGAUAAAUUUUGAUUAGUUUUAUGUGUUGGCCAAGAGCAAGUGUUGUAUCAAUAUAUUAUGCAAUAUCUUGCUGGAGACAAUUAAACUACCUAAAAUAAACAUACAACCCUGCCCUGUAUUUCAAUGAAAUUGUAACACAGUCCAAUAUCUCACCGUACCAUUAUUUCAAAUAAUGGUAGCCAACAUCUCAGGAUGAUGUCACAUUGGUAUUUUCAUACCAACAAAUGAGUUUGAAAAGCAUUAAAUACUAUUUGAAUAUUCAGAUGUGUCAACACUACACUCAUGUCCAUUCAUUAAUUAGGCAGAUGCUGUUGAAUUUAACGAUGGCAAUUCGUGUAAUAUGUCUGACAUAUCAGCUGGACAAGCAAUAUGUCCGCUUUGCAAACUUUGUUCAGAACCAUUCUGCUUAAAUUCAGCUCAGCCUCGCCCAUUAAUAAAUCACUGAAAAUUGCAUUACCUUCCAUCAAUCUCUAAUAAGGUGGUUGUGUUUUUAAGAUGUAACUAUCAAAAGUUAUAUGCGAGAAAACCUGGACUCCAUAACAUGGGUAAAGCCAGAUGAGUCAAACGAAUGCUGAGUCAGACGAAUACUGUCUUUCAAGGUACUGAAUGGAUAUAUUAUUUAUUAUAAAGUAUGUUGGGGUUUCUUUUCUCAAUAAAAUAACAUUCAUUUAUGA